CAACAGGCCAGAACAGCCCGAAACAGGCCCCCCCCCAGCCCAACGCCCAGAUCAGCCGCCACCGCUAGGCUCAACUAUUAAAGGUCCUCCCCCGCCUGCCGCUUCUCCGAAUCUUUCCCUUCUGCACUACACUUCCCUCUGCCCCACCAAGCAUCAUCGUUUUUAUUUUUUCAUCAGCAGAAACACCCUCACAACAGUCAUCAUGGCUCGUACCAAGCAGACUGCCCGCAAGUCCACUGGUGGCAAGGCUCCCCGCAAGCAGCUCGCCUCCAAGGCCGCCCGCAAGAGCGCCCCCUCCACCGGCGGUGUCAAGAAGCCUCACCGUUAUAAGCCCGGUACCGUCGCUCUCCGUGAGAUUCGACGAUACCAGAAGAGCACUGAGCUCCUGAUCCGCAAGCUCCCCUUCCAGCGUCUGGUCCGUGAAAUCGCUCAGGACUUCAAGAGCGACCUUCGCUUCCAGUCCUCCGCCAUUGGCGCCCUCCAGGAGUCCGUCGAGUCCUAUCUCGUCUCCCUCUUCGAGGACACCAACCUGUGCGCCAUCCACGCCAAGCGUGUCACCAUCCAGAGCAAGGACAUCCAGCUCGCCCGCCGUCUCCGCGGUGAGCGCAACUAAAAAGCUCCCAUAGAGGGUGCUUUUUCUUUGUGAUUUUGAGAGGGAUACCACUUUGGAGGACAAGAAGAGAGACAUGACUUUUGCUUUUAACACGAGUGUUUAUGGGGUCAAGGGAUAAUCCAAGGCGUUAACAAUGAGACUUCUGUUUUUUACUAUUCCCAAUACUAUGGUUCGGGAUGUAUAUU